CGCGCUCCCCGGCCCCCCCCCGGGUGCUGCCCCCCCCCCGGCGGGGCACCAUGAUCCGGAUAAUCCCCCCGGGGCCCCGGGGGGGGGCGGCGGCUAUAAAGGCGGCAGCGGGUGUGCGACGGGUGUGCGGCGUCACCCGGAGCCCCGCGACACCCGGAGCCCCGCGACACCCGGCACCUGCGUCACCCGGAGCCCUGAGACACCCGGCACCUGCGUCACCCGGAGCCCCACAUCACCUGGCACCCCAAGACACCCGGAGCCUGGUGUCACCCGGAGCCCUAGGACACCCGGCACCCAAGACACCCGGAGCCCCACAACACCCGGAGCCCCGAGACACCCGGAGCCCCAAGACACCCAGCACCUGCGUCACCCGGAGCCCCUCAUCACCCGGCACCUGCAUCACCCAGAGCCCCGAGACACCCGGCACCCGAGACACCCGCAGCCCCGAGACACCCGGAGCACUGAGACACCCGACAUCUGUGUCACCCGGAGCCCUGAGACACCCAGAGCCCCGAGACACCCAGCACCCUGAGACACCCGGCAUCUGCAUCACCCGGAGCCCCGAGACACCCGGAGCCCUGUGACACCCGGAGCCCCACGUCACCCAGCACCUGUGACACCUGGAGCCCUGAGACACCCGGAGCCCUGAGACACCCAGUAUCCACAACACCCGGCACCUUGUGACACCCGGAGCCCCGAGACACCCAGCACCCGAGACACCCGGUGCCCUGUGACACCCAGCACCUGAGACACCCGAAGAUACCUGGCACCCUGUGACACCUGGAGCCCCGAGACACCCGACACCUCUGUCACCCGGAGCCCUGAGACAGCCGGCACCCCAAGACACCUGGCACCCGUGACACCCGGAGCCCUGAGACACCCAGUAUCCACAACACCCGGCACCUUGUGACACCCAGCACCCGCAACACCCGGCACCCAGAGACACCCGGCACCCGCAGCACCCAGCACCCGCAACAGCCGCCAUGGCGACGCUCCCGGGCGGUGACGAGGCCAAGAAGGAGCCGGCGCCGGGCUCCGACCCGGCCAGCGAGGCCGAGUCGCCGGAGCCGCCGGAGCAGGCCGGCUUCUUCGAGCUGCUGAGCUCGGUGCAGGGCAGCCGCAUGGAGCAGCAGCGCUGCAGCCUCCCGCCGGCGCCCGGCGACGGCGGCGCGGGGGUGGAGGCGCUGCUGGAGCUGCUGGCGCACACGCAGGCGCGGCGCAUGGACGAUCAGCGGCUGCCCGUGGCGCAGAUGCCCGGCUUCCCCCCGCCCAAGAAGUGAGCGCCCCGCAGCCAGGACCCCCCGAGCUGCCGUCCGCGCUGUCCCCAGCGCCAGUGUCCCCCGGCGUCCCCAGGGCCCCCCCCCGGGGUCCCCAGGGCCCCCCCGGCGCCUGUCACCCCCCAAUAAACGUCCCGGCACCAGC